AUCCGGUUCAUUCGAGUUCGAAUUCGCAAAACGCAUCGGUAGCAAGUUAUUUAUUUUGUGGUGCAUUCUUUUCCAGAAAAACUGCAGCGAACUUCAGUGUGGAAAAUGGCUGAGGAGGAGUCGUUUGUAAUUUUAGGGAGCUGCUCGCAACCAAAUUCUUUGAUUUCAGUGCAUGAGAAUGCAACAGCACAAGACGACAAAAAUACGACCUCAACACAAGUCAAUCAACCAAUAUUAAAUGAUGAAAAAUUUAACUCCAUAACCACAGCUAUAGCAUCGGCCAGCAAACCUACACAGGCAUCCGAUAGUAACUCCGGACAGUUUGUUGGACAUGGUGUUUGGAAACGGAGCAUUGACUCGGCAAAAGCAAUGGAAGCAUCGACACAAUCAGGAAGUUACGAUGUAUGGCAAAAGAGUAGCAUAGUUGCCAAAGAUAAUGGUGAACUACAGUCUGAUGAUACAAGCGUAAAAGACAGUACUAAGACCGGUGCCAUCCCAAAAACAAGCGGUGUGGAGCAAAAAAGUGAAACUAACACGAAGGAGAGUUUAACAAACUCCAUGGCAGUAAGUUAUAUAAUGGGUCAGGUGCCAGCCGAUGCCUUAAAGGCCAGUAUCCAUUCACAAUUUCCAAGUGUGUCCUUAGAAGCGUGUGAGGAGCUCACAACAGUUAUGAGUGAUUAUCUCAAAAUGAAAGAUGUGCUCAUUCAAGUUAAUAGCAAAAUGAGUUCAUGGCUAGAAAUGAAAAAGCAAAUGCAAUCUAAUGAAAUGGAAAAUCGUCAGAAGUUGCAACAAUGCCAAGAGCAAAUAGCUGCAUUACGUAAUGAAAACUUAGAUCUGAAACGUGAACUGGAGUCAAAAAUCGAACAUAUUCAGGCCUGCGAAGCUGUGCGAAAGCAGGAACACGAGGAACUUGUAAAAAAUAUUUCCGAAAAAACGGCGUUGAUCGCUAAUAUGCGUACACAGAUUGAAAAAUUGGAAUUACAACAACUUUCAUCAUUUGAGGUCGUUUCGAAGUUGGGAAAGAACGGUGAAAACUCAGAAAAGUCUGAAUAUGUUACACGACUUGAACAUGAACGUGUAACUAAAAAUUUCGAACGCAAUAUGUCACAACUACUGGCAGAGAAGCUGGAAAUCAACGAUAUGCAAAAACAAUAUAUCGAUGAAAUAAAUUGUCUCAAAGUAAACCUAACCGUAUCUGAGGAAUUAGUUAAUCAACUACAAUCCGAUAUAGCUUUGUUGAAAGCUAAUGACAAAGAGAAAACUGCACAAUUUGAGAUUUACGCCACACAACGCACUGAAAUGCGCGAAGAACUCGACGUACUGCGCCAGCAAGUGGAUGUCUACAGUCGCGACUUUCAAUUGGAGCGCACUGCACGCGAGGAGAUGGCUGGCGAAAAGGCACAGCUGCUAGACGAUUUGCGUGCACUGCAACGCAAAAAUCAUGAACUAAGCGAAUUAGUUGGCCAACUGGAGGAACGUAUAACUGCUUUAACACGGCAACGAGUGAGUCCACCAACAACAGCAUCAAGAAACUAUUAUUUACAGAACAUUGCUACGCUGACACAACCAGCUCCAACUACACCCCAACACAUAUGUCCAAUAUGCUCAAUUACCUGUUCAUCUCUAACCACUUUGCAAGAGCAUGCCAACCAGUGCAUUGACCGUAAUGUGCAUACAUAAAUAUAUCUAUUAUAUAUUAUUAUUUCUGCUUCUGAUAACACUUAUCGAAGAAACGUAGAUGUAUAAAUAUCUACUACUAUAUAUUUAUAUGUAUGUGUAUUAAUUUAAUUAUAAAUGAAGAAAUAUAUGAUUACAAUGUUCAUUCAAACUUACCAAA